CACCCAUCUGUGAUGUUUCCGGAUCAAUGCCCAAUUCGUCUGCCAAGCCGGGACAGCGAUCCUCUUCCGGAACGUCAUUGUUGACCGCUUCAUCGCCACCAUCAACCAUCCCUGAUGUUUCCGGUACGUUCCUUUUCGAUGGAUCUUUGUCCGAUUCGUCAGCUAUGCCGGGACAGCGAUUCUCUUCCGGAUCGUCAUCCUCAACCAGUCUGCCGUCUUUACCUAAUACUUUUUCAUCAUCCGGUGUACAUGAGUGUGUUAUAACUCGAAAACAAGUGGACAAUCUUGUUAAGCUAUCGAAGCAGACUACGGCUCGAAAUUAUGUUUUACGCAAUGGAUACUAUAGCAGGAACAACAUCACGCAAUGCAUCCAUUACUGCCAUUGAUACAGAAAAGGCAUUAGAAGCAUUUAAUGCUAACUUAGAAGCUAACACGUAUGUGACUGAGAUGUUCAGCUCACUUUUGAAUACAAUAGGUUAUAUAAAAUAUGUUAAAAGAAGACCAAAUAAUAGAUCUAUUGUUUACUAAAGAUGUUUUUCUAAAUGUUGGUCAGGGAUUAGUAAUAAAAAUCCAAAAAUCGCAUUUUUUUUAUCUUGAAAACUUUACGUAAAGUUGCAUAAUUUAAGAAGCUAAGAUAAUUAUUAGUCCAACGUAAGUUUGAAAUCAAAAAGCUAUAAAGUUCCACCAAGUUCGGCACCCUUUCUUAACAAGCCUUCAAGUUCCACCAUGAACCCU